AUGUCUCUGACCCUGUCUAUGUUGACCCGGUCAAGGCUAAAUAUCGGAUGUUUUGAAGUCUUUCCCGCUAUAGCCGCCGUAGCUCAGAUAAUACUUGGACUUGGAUUCCUGCAUGCGAGCAAUGUUUGCCAUCGUGAUAUCAAGCCUGAGAAUAUCUUCGUUUUCGAAAACGAUGUCCUAAAAAUCGGGGCUUCCGGGUUCGCCCUGAGGUUCGGUGAGGGUGAAGUCUCAUACGCAGUUUGUCGAACCACAUUCUACAUGGCUCCGGAGAUGUUUGGUUGGUCAGGUUACGGCCGGAGCAUCGACAUCUGGGCCCUGGGCGUUUUGGUUUUCGAUUGUCUGUACAAUGCAGACCCGUUCUCGAAGGAGCAGCGCAGUGCGAUGCGGGCCAGACGCCGCACCGUGGAAAUACUGCCGCGUUUCCCCGCUAGCGAGAGCCGCGAUUCUCCGACUUAUGAUUUCAUAAGAAAAUUGUUGGAGCCGGGCCCCAGGUACAGACUCGGAGUCGGAGGACAAGAUUUGUGGGAAAUCAAGGAGCACCCGUACUUCCGGGGGCUCUCCUUCGCGAGCGUCUAUUCCUUCGAAACCCUGGUCAAUGCGAGGAUCCCUUCGAUUACACCCAGACCGCCCCUUGAUAGCGACUGGCCGCGAUAUGAUCCAGCGUACGACUUGAGCGAAUUCCCUCUGUUUGACUGA